UGAACGACGUAUUCAUAGCGACCGACGCAAUUCGAAAAUAAAAAACAAAAAAUACGAAAUUGUCAAAUCUGACAUAAAAAGAGAUAUGAAGGAACAAAGCAAAGACACUAAGAGAACGGGAAUUUAUCGACUCAGGGGGGAAAUCACCGACUUGCGGUUGGACAUCAAGCUGCGGCACCUGAGCGAAUGGCUGCCAGUCCCAAAGCUGGACUACGCUGGAGCCGCAGUCUAUAGCACUCCCCCAGCCAGCAGCAGCACCGAUGACUUCGGCCCGGAGAUCUGGAGCGACUGCUUCAUCUUUGUGCCAACGUGCGACGAUCCCAUCUUUAGCCAGGGCUAUGGUAAGCAGGCCUACUACAACUAUUACUAUCCGGCCAAGGGCAGCUCGAGCAGCUUCCGACGCAGUUAUAGCUCAUUGGCUAGUUCCCGGGGACAAUUACCCACUUCGGUCAGCUCCCGACGCAGCUACAGCACAUUAGCCAGUCCCCAGGGACACGUAUCCACUACGGCACGCUCGUACGACCACACGCAGGAGCCAGUGCCAGAGCUUGAGCUGAAGCAGGAUCGCCUUGCAGAGACGGAGACUGAGACGGAGAGCCAGGAGCAGAACAAGUGGAACGUGAUCAGUGAGGCCGGUCGGGCUUUCUACGCGCUCAACAAGGAGCUGUGCAACGGGUGCACGGCCAACCUGCAGAUUGCCUGGCAGCAGAAGCACUUUAGUCGCGCGGAGCUGGAGACCUACGGCCAAGUGCGAGCCGCUUGCAUUACGAAGCUGCAGCAUCGCUACCACCGCUGGGCCCAGGACAUCUUCCAGCUGCAGCAGCUCCAUCUACAGCUGGAGGAGCAGCAGCAGGAGCUGGCGAAGAAGGAAUUGGCGCAUGUGCACCGCAAGAUACGAAAAACGAAGCGCUGGCGCAGUGAGUCAUCCAGGAUGUCGUGGUUCCCCAACGGGAGUAACUCCUCGGCGUCCAUGUCCCAGGUGUCGUUCGUAGAGGAUCCGAACUUCGCGGCCCGCACCUGUCUCAUCCACACGCUGAUAGAUGCGGACGGCGAGGAGAACCUGCCAACAGAAGCGCGUCAGCUCCACGCCGACGGCUUUCAGGUGAUGUACGUGUACGCCGACCUGCAGGAGGACACUCUGCUUGUGACCCUCCGGUACUCACCUGCGCUGGGGCUGCUCUACGUCUAUCCGGACUUCACCUGCAGCGCCGACGACAUGGACUACGAGUUUGUGAUCGACAGGGUCGACGACUGCCGCCAGCUCUACUGCUACGGCUUCCAGAGCGUCUCGCCGCUGGAGGCGGUGGUCGACGUGGAGUGGAACCUGCGGAUGGAGACCAUUCUGCUGAAUAACCGGAACGCAGAGGACCACCAAGGGAAAGAGGAGCACGUGCAGUCGGAUGAGAAAAUUCCUUUGCCAGCGAAUUCCACCUCGCAGGAGCUUCUUGACUACUUCCAGCUCCAGCGGGACCUCGCCACGGAACUGCGUGUCCUAAGACACUUCGAGACGCCGCCCAAGCGGAUGCGCUGCAUCUCCCUGCUGCUGAAUAUACAGGAGGCCCAGCACUUCGAGCACCCAAACAUCCAUGUGCGUUACCACAUCCAGCCGCCUCCUCACACCCUUGUGGAGACGAUGGCCACCGGCAAUAAUCCGUUCCCGUUGCGUGGCGCCACUGCCACCUGCCAGGGCGCGGGCGAUGCCCGUUGUGCUCACCUUGCGCACUGCUGGCAGCUGACGCUGCUCUGCGAGGAGCAGUUCGAUCCCGUCCACCUGCUUCACGUCUACUUCGAGGUAAUCAGCAUAGACGGAUGGCAGCGCGAACGCUGCGAGGGCUAUUCCCACUUCGCCUGCUCCCUGGUGGACCCGCUUCCGCCGUCGUCCAGUGAAGGCCUUCGGCUGCCGUGCAUACGUCCGCUGGGCAGCUGGCUGGACACCCUCAACCGCUACUUUAUUGGCGGCCGCCAGAACUUCGACUUUGUGGCCUACUUCAGGGGCCGAUCCAAACCACAAUCCAGACUCAACACGCGCCUCAGUCUGGACACCGCAAAUGCCAUGCGGAACACUGGGUCGCUGCUCUUUCGCAUUCGUAAGCUGCAGCAGCGCCAGCCGGAGUUGCUGCUCCAGAUGAAGAUGCAGCUGGGCCUGAAAAGCAGCGAGGAAAGCAAGACGGACAAGACUUCCACGCUGGACGAGGUGAUAGCUGCCUUUGUGCAGGCAAGGGAUCGCAUCCGGGCGCUCUUGGCCUGUUCCGUUUCGUAUUUUGCUUCAAUGCAAAAACUGACUUAGUCCAAAAACUGUUCACUACGAUUCGUAAACGCAAUAGAAAAUAAAAUAAGAUUACCACUACCACUUAGCCCAUUAAAUACAGAUGUUGCAUAUUUAUGUUGAAAGUAAGUUUGACGGGUAACUAGAUACCUAAAGGAUUUAAUGUUUAGUACUAAAAAGGGAUACUUUUUUGGCGUUGAAAUCGUUUAUACAAAAAGAAUAACACGAGUAAUAUAAUAGAAAACAGAACCAA